AAGGAAGGAAGCAGUCUCGUCCCUAGCAGCUGUGGCCUCCCCGUCCUCCUCUCACUCAUGGCCUCGUGACCACAGCUCCAAUCGCCUUUCCAUACGGCGCCUUCCCCCCCAUCACUCGAGCUCUGACCGGCCUGGUUCUCGCCCAAUAUGCUCUUCUGCCCCACCUGCGCCAACAUUCUCCUCAUAGCGCGCAAUGACAUGGGCCAAAAUGAGUGGGCGUGCUCGACCUGCCCCUACCAUUUCCCCAUCCAAAAGCAAAUGACAUCCCGCACCAAGCUCAAGCGCAAGGAAGUCGACGACGUCAUGGGUGGAGAGGAGAGCUGGAAGAAUGUAGAUUCCACCGACGCGCCCUGCCCAAAGUGCGAGAACCCCAAGGCGUACUUUAUGCAAUUGCAGAUUCGCUCUGCGGACGAGCCCAUGACGACCUUCUACCGCUGCACCAACUCGACGUGCUCACACCAAUGGAAGGAAGGAUAGGUGCUACGCUACGCCACGUCGCCCUCCCUCCCUCCUCGAUGCCUCAGAACCGCUCAAGUCACCUUCGCCUUCAACGUGUAUCAAUACCAGUCAGCCUUCGACCAUGAUCACCAACGCCUCCCCUUGCCGCCUGCUCUCCUUCCCAUCCGCCUUCCCUGCUCCCCAUCUCCCUUCCCUUUCCCUCCUCACUUCCCCCUCCCCACUCCUUCCCAAUCCCGA